AUGAAUGACGGUACUCUCGUCAUUCGCGGAGAAGAGGUUCCAUCACAAAAUAUAGGCGGUGUUGGUUUGGUUGUGCACCCAUCUGUCAUACAUCUUUUCGAUUCUCACGAGUUCCUGUCACCUCAUCUGGUUAUUCUUCGCCUCCGCGCCUUACGCCAGAAACCCAUUAGCGUCAACUGCUACUCACCAACAUCAGCAGCUGAAUGA